AUGAAGUAUAUAAUUGAACAUAUGGAAGAAGGAUUCUCUGAAUGGGUAGUUUUAGAAUAUUUGGAAAUAAUAAGAGAAGUUGGGAAUAAAAAUUUGGUUUUAACUUCGUUACCAGAAGGUACAACUGAUAAAGACAUUCCUGAACGAUUACUCAAAGCAGGAUUGUGUUGGACAACAGAAGAGUGCAUUAACAUCGACAAAGGUAUUCUCGACAAAGCGAGAGUUUGUUUGUUAGAUCCAGCUGCAGAUGUUGACUUAACACCUGGUGAUUCUUCCAAGUUCGACUACUUUGUCUUUGGAGGUAUAUUGGGAUCUCAUCCGAGAAUUGAUAGAACGGGCAUCUUAAGAAAAAAAUUUGGUUUUGAAGGUAGAAGAUUAGGUGAGUUGCAAAUGACAACAGAUACGGCUGUGAGGACUACUCAAAGGAUUAUUGAUAACAAGAUUGAUUUCAAAGACAUCAAGUUCAUAGACAAUCCAGAGAUAAGGUACAACAAACACGAAGCAACUGAAAUGCCUUUCAGAUAUAUCUUACGAGACGAUGGUACUCCCAUACUCCCGGAGGGGAUGUUGGAAUUAAUCAAACACGAUGCAGAGCAGAGUAUUGAUGAUUUGUUAAUGGCAUAA